GUUAUUCCAGAAAUGCAUGUCAAAUACCAUAGCGCAAUUUUCUUAUCGAUAAUUACUCGUGAUUUCUACAUAGAGAACGAGUUGGUGAUUCAUUAAUUAGCUGUGACAUUUAUGUCACAUGCAAAGCAAACGCUUCCACUUUUCAUUCACUAAUACCGUCUCAGUCCCACAAGGUUCAUAGCUAAUCUGGAAUGGAUUCUUCGUUUUCGUAUAUUUUAAUUGACCAAUGUUUCUACAAUUUUCACACUUAUUCAAUGUGCCAUCCUGCAUAUUAUUCUGUGUAGUAUAUGUGUGUACAUCGUGGGACAACUAGAUCUAGUAUCAUUACCACAUUAAAAAGUUCUAUUGAAGAAAAUUAAUAUAUUUCGAUCAAAGUGAAUAAUACACCAACAACAUGAUGGAGAUUGAUCCACCGCACUUUUCUAAUAAGGAUGAAGAAAUUCAAUAUUGGAUGGAGCUUGCAAAUCAAUUACAUCAGCGCAAAGAGGACACAGAGAGAGAAUUGGAAGAAUUUCAAGAGAAUUCACAAAUGUUAGAGAAGGAACUCGAAACCUCAUUAGAACAGUCUGAAAAGGCAAACAGAGAAUUGCGACAGAGAAAUACACGCCUUGCUACCGAGAUAGAACAGCUAAGAACUCGGUUAGAUCAGCAAACAAUUGAUUGCGCUGCAUUCCAGGCACAGGCACAUGAUCUUCAAGGUAGACAAGAUCAGCUGGUCAAAUAUAUACGAGAAUUAGAACAGAAAAACGAUGACUUAGAAAGAGCACAAAGAGUAAAUAUGGUAACGGAAGAGGAGAUGGAGGCAAAGUGCAAUUUAGCUAUUGAACGAAAUGCCUUACUGGAAUCUGAGUUAGAUGAAAAAGAGGGCUUGAAAGUCAUGGUACAACGGCUUAUGGAUGAAAUUAGAGACUUGAAGCAAGAAAUUCAAGUGCAGGAACGACAUCAACCUGACAAUGACAAAUCCGUGGACAGAGUGCGUAGCAUUGUAGAUAGCAACAAGCUUCAGGUAGAGCUGGAGGCAAUCCCGCCUAGUAGCAGUCCUUCUACUCCACAAACGAUACCUCCUCCAACACAUGCGACAACUUCGCCCUUAAAGAUUGGAAAUGGCGUAAUCGGAGCUAUGAUUGGUAACAACAAUAACAACAACAAUAUCAAUCCACCACUGACACCUUGCACAAGGAUACUUGCCAUGAAUAUGAUUGGGGAUCUUAUGCGGAAAGUUGGGCUUGACAGGUGGGUCUGCAUGGACUGUAAAAGGAUAAAGUGUUCAUGUCCUGGUGGAAAAAAGACCAAUUCUACUCCACCUGCUGCUAAACCAUCAGUUCAGGUUCAGACACCUGCUGAAUGCAACCAGCAGCAACCCAGGCCUGCCAAAUGCUGACGCGUGAUACUCUCCCACUAUACUACAUAUACCUCCAUAUGCCACAGGCCCUGGAAAGUAAGCUGAACACAUGCCGCAACUCAACUCGAGAGGAUCAAGCAGUGCGGGAUCACUACAGGUAAUACUAACUUAUCUAAUCCAUAGGAUUACAAUGUUUAUUUGCAAUAUAACGCUCAUGCACUAGCUCGAGAGCCAAGUACUCCAUAUGAUUGCUAGGUAUUUAAGACAAUCAGAAUUAUACCAAGGAAUCUGUGAAAAUCUCCGUACCAUCACAUUGUUUGAUUAAAUAUAGCUAAGAUUGAUGUUGGAAUUUAAAGACAACACUUGGAAUCUGAUGGAGUGCUCAAUGCUGACUGCAUAAUUUGUACUUAUCCUAUAGACACGCUGGUUGUGCUUCCUCGUACUAGUUAUUCUCAAAUUUUCAGAUAUCACAUUUUAUUUUAUGUUUGAAAUUUCUCAUUCUGGCAAACACAGCUAUUCUGCGACACACUAUAGGUUCGAUUUGUUUCUAUUUUCGAAACAUUUAAGACUAAUAUGAUCAACAGAAACUUAUUAUAAUUAGGGUAAUUAGGAUGUGGUAUAGUACAAACUGGGUUCUGGGAGUAAUUUUAGAUCGUUAAGAUUUGUUAUUGGCAAUAAUUAUUAGUUUAUUUAAUACUAUCUGACUAUUAAAUCUUAUUCAACUUGGGCCAUGUUUUUGUUUGAAAUAAAUUCAGGCCCACAGUUUGUCUGAUAUCCAUAUUGGUUACCGAAAAUGAGAAUGAACUAAGACAAUAUAAUUCCUAUGCCAACUGGCUAUUUUUAAAAAUGAUUGCAUAUUGACAAUGGCAAAAGCAAUUACGAUUAUCAGCAAUCACGUAUUUCAGUCGUUAUUAUUCAUAACUCAGGUUGCAGGAUUGCUUCCAUGCUACUUCUUCCUUCAAAGUAUUAAUACGUAGAUAAUUAUGUAUUGAUGUUAAUACUCAGUGAAUGCCUAGAAUAUAAUGCAGCAAUUAUUUGUUUCUUCCCGUAUAUUUAAGAAAAUUUAUUUAUGUUAGAAAUAGAACGCAAUGUUCAUGUACAUACACAAGUUUUAGGAUAUAUUGUAUACAUAAAUAAUAAUUUUAUCACGAGAAUCAAUAUCCUCUACAUUAUCUGAAUAUGAAUGAUCUAAACAAUUGAUAAGUUUUUAAUUGAUCCGACCAAUUUUAUAUGUAUGUCAAUGAUUAUUUCGUACUUUGGCCAGUGAAUAUAAUGAUGAGCGUGCUCACACUCGACUACAAUCAAAGCACAUGUAUAAUCAAAAUUCAUAAGCGAUAAUAGUAAUUGCAAUCAACUUUAGACGAAAGAAAGCUGAUAUUAGAAUAAAACAACACAGAUUUUAUCGUACUAUUAAAAAAUGUUUACUGAAAAGUGUUUAUCAUAGUUUGAAAUUUGUAUUCGAAUUUUUCACAUUAUGCAUAUAUCAUAGAGUGUCUUUGGAAUUUAUUAUUUAAUUAGAUGUUUUAAAAAAAUUUUUGCACGUAGAUGAACAAUGCUUUUAUUUUUGCAUGCUAUGUAUAAAACUCACAGUAGAAAUUAUUUAAAAUUCUGCUAGAUUUGCGUAGACAAAUCGUUCAAGUCAGAGUUGUAAAAUUUAUUUCGCUCUCUGACCCAAAUUGUGCAUCCAAUCUAAAAUUUGGCUGUGUACAUAUUUGUUAGUGACUGUAUAUAAAUAUUUUUUUUUACACAUAAAUUUUGGCGUCGUCUAUUUACGCACUUCAGAGUUUGCUUUCUAUACUAUGCUAUCCCUUAAACAAGGAUAGUAACAGUUUUUGCGUGUGUUUAACCAGGACUAGACGGCAGGUGCGAACCCCCGCCUCUGGAAACAACAACCACAUGCGUUUGUAAGAGAUCGAUAGAGUUAACAGCCAUACCUUAACGAAAUGAUAGUGCUUCUUUCCAAAGGUUUGAUAUAAAUUUUCGUCAAUAUAUAGCCAUGUUUGACCUAUUCUUUAUGAUUGAUCGAGUGUCAAUACAAUUAGAUUUCAGACUGAUCGUUACUGAUACUUAUCGUGUGCGCAGCUAUUCCAAUUGUUACUAAAUCUUUUUCAAAUGUGUUCGUCUGAUCCGGGUAUUAAAAUAAUUGAUAUCAACGGUGAUCAUAAUUCGUUGUUUAGUGAUAUUCGUUUUAAUAUAUUCGCAGCAGAUUCAUGGUCUAUCUAUAUAUUUGAUGAGGAUCGAGCAUUGGAAGGAACGCAUAAUAUGGAACGAAUGGUUGAAUUUUUUAACUUCAUCAAGAGGAAAGGUCCGUACCCUUUUGUAAAUACAAUUUAUUCAUAGAUAUCUUGCGAUUUGUAAUAUAAAUUAUUCUAGUUUCAAUUAUAGCACCAUUGUAGAUAUUUAUCGAAAAAAAAAACUUUAAUAAACAAUUUAUCGUGAUUCCCCAAUUGUUGAAACAUAUUUCAACAAAUAAAAUUGGGCUUAAUAGGCCGCUAUGCGGCAGUUGAAUUUUAUGCAGCUGCAAAUUCUGAUUAAUUUGAGAAAGACAUUUGUUAGACAAGUUCUCAUGAUAUAUUUUUUAUCUAGAUAUUGUUUGGAUAUUUUAAUGCAAGACAUACGUAGUUUCAACAAUGAUAUGAAAUGAUAAAUUAUCUGAUAAUAUUUCUGUUCUAUGGUUCUUUUCUUUUCAAUUUUCUGAAAACCUUUUCCAAACAGGUUCGAGUGAGCUUUAUAAAAUAGAUACCAUCCUUACAAAUAACUUAUAUUAUAUCAAUGUAUUUUCGAGUAGAACAUCAUAGAGUUACCAUGAUUGGUAUAUAGUGAUAAAAAAUAUUGACUGUAUACUCUGUUCAAGCCAGAACUUCUCUUCAUAAGAUGUUUUUUCAUUCGUAUGCCAACUAAAUGGUUAUUUUAUUUAUUAAUCCAGUGAAAUUAUUGUUCAAUUCUUGUUAAAAUUGUCAUUUAUAUUUAAAGCUAUACUUGCGUUGUCUCAGGUCUUGAACAGAACUAUAAUUUUUUCUGAUAUGAAUCAGUGAAAUAAAUGUGGUGAUUGAAAAAUUAUACCAUUUUCAUUAAAUCGAUACUAAUAUUAUUCAGUUAAAUAAUUCAGCAUAAAGAUGGGAAAUACAUCGUAUCCGGAUUGGGUUUUGGUCAUCGCAGUAAUAAUGAUACUAGUGGAUUUGAAUUUUGAGUGUUUUUAUUUAUGAAAUGUACUCUGCACAGUGGAUAAACACAGAAAGAUAAUGAAAGUCAAAUACGUAACUUAUAAGGUAACCAAAUGUGAGAAUAAGAUAAAUGAUAUAGAAUGCUAUAUAAGGAAAUACUUAAUUCUAACGUACGCUUACAUAAUGUUAUAGUGUUUCAAUGAUAUUCUUGAAUAUCAUUGAUACUGUCCAACAUUCAUACCAAAUGGGAAUCUAUACUAUGGAGGAGCUUCAAGACUACACACAAAAAAAAUAAGUGGCAAUUCGUUAGACAGUAAGAUAUUCAAGCUAAUGAGCAAACAUUGAUUGGAUAAUUGAACAAAUUGAAGCUGUAGUUGCUGACAC